UGAUCAGUUAAAGACACAGACGUGUUUUGCAAGUCUCAAAGAUGGGACACACUUUUUCCAACUUGUUAAGACAGAUCAAGCAGGGUCAUUUAUAUGACCAUCGAGGACUUUUUUUUAAUGAAUGUGUUCUGGAUUGAAUGGUUAGCUUUUCCUUUUUUUUCUUAAGUCUAGUUUUGGAAAAUCUUAUGUGCUCUUGCACCUAUUUGUGGGGCUGCUAUAAAUAGGCCCCGGCUGGCAAAACAUGUGUGUCUAUGAUAGGCAGUUACAGAGAGAUUUUCUUCACAGUCUGUGGCUCCAAAGCAACAUUGACAACAUCUCCAUGGGGCUUUUACAUGGAUAACAGCGUUAUAUUUAAGCCUUGACGAACUGUGGACGUGAAUACGGAGUAGUUUCAUACUGUGGGUGAUACAUUUACCACACAUUUGACAUUUUUUUGUGAAUUGCUUCAGUGGACUAUGACUUCCAGAAGGCCAUUGACUCACUCUUCCUCUGGCAAUGGGAGGACAAGCAGCUUCAGUGAAGAGGAGGGCAGCUCUUCCAACGGCCGCACAGAAAGCCGCAAUCCUUAUCUCUCCAAUGUUAGGCCAGAAAACAGCUAUUCAAGGUAUUCUCACUACAGGCCAACGAGGAGCACAUUGUGCAGCGUCAUGGCUCAGCUGACUGAGGACAUACAGCCUUCCUUUGAAACCACCUUGAAAUCAAAGGCAAUGUCAGAAAAGUGUAACGUGAAGUUCACCUGUGUGGUAUCAGGUUACCCAGCUCCAGAACUGAAAUGGUAUAAAGAUGAUAUGGAACUGGAUCGCUAUUGUGGACUCCCAAAAUAUGAAAUUCGUCGUAAUGGAAAAACCCACACCCUUCAUAUUUACAACUGCACAUUGGACGAUGCAGCCAUCUAUCAGGUUUCAGCAAGCAAUAGUAAAGGUAUUGUCUCCUGCUCGGGAGUUUUGGAGGUCGGCACCAUGAACGAGUUCCAGAUCCACCAGAGGUUCUUCGCCAAGCUGAAGCAAAAAGCAGACAAUAAAAAGAAAGAUCUGGAGGAGCACACCAAGAAGGGGGAUCCUCAAAGGAAGCGGCACGUCCCGCCACAGGAGCCUGAGGCUGAGGAGCAACUGGGAGCUACUGCAGAACCUAAUGGUGUCAGCUCUGAAGUCAAGGAAACAGCCUUUGUGACGUCCAAAGACCUGGAGGAGAUAUCUCCAUCUGAGGCCAAAAAGAAAAUAAAGAUCACAAAUGGACUAGAUGCUGGAGUUGACAACAGCAGCAGACACAGCAGCAGUAUUAAUAUGAUGGCGAAUGGAGGUGAAAACUGUUACGAUGGAGGAAUGGGUUUGUCACAAUUUCUGGCAGAGACUCUCCAGUCCCAGGCUGCUGAGGAGAAACAGAGCCCAUCUCGAGGGGAGAACCCUAAAGAGAUGGAUAUGCCUAUUGUAAGUGUCAGUAAAGAGAAAGAGAGAGCGCAAGAGAGGAUGCAAAAUGUGAGAGAAGAACAAGAAAAAGCUUUCGAAGAAGAGUAUGAGAGAAAGAAAAGGAGAGAAGAAGAAAAAGCUUUAGGAGAAGAGCGUGAGAGAAAGAAAAGGAGAGAAGAAGAAAAAGCUUUAGGAGAAGAGCGUGAGAGGAAGAAAAGGAUAGAAGAACAAGAAAAAGCUUUAGGAGAAGAGCGUGAGAGGAAGAAAAGGAGAGAAGAACAAGAAAAAGCUUUAGGAGAAGAGCAUGAGAGGAAGAAAAGGAUAGAAGAACAAGAAAAAGCUUUAGGAGAAGAGCGUGAGAGGAAGAAAAGGAGAGAAGAAGAAAAAGCUUUAGAAGAGCGUGAGAGAAAGAAAAGGAGAGAAGAAGAAAAAGCUUUAGGAGAAGAGCAUGAGAGGAAGAAAAGGAUAGAAGAACAAGAAAAAGCUUUAGGAGAAGAGCGUGAGAGGAAGAAAAGGAGAGAAGAAGAAAAAGCUUUAGAAGAGCGUGAGAGAAAGAAAAGGAGAGAAGAAGAAAAAGCUUUAGGAGAAGAGCGUGAGAGGAAGAAAAGGAUAGAAGAACAAGAAAAAGCUUUAGGAGAAGAGCGUGAGAGAAAGAAAAGAAGAGAAGAAGAAGAAAAAGCUUUAGGAGAAGAGCGUGAGAGAAAGAAAAGGAGAGAAGAAGAAAAAGCUUUAGGAGAAGAGCGUGAGAGGAAGAAAAGGAGAGAAGAAGAAGAAGAAAAAGCUUUAGGAGAAGAGCGUGAGAGGAAGAAAAGGAUAGAAGAAGAAGAAAAAGCUUUAGGAGAAGAGUAUGAGAGAAAGAAAAGAAGAGAAGAAGAAGAAAAAAAAGCUUUAGGAGAGGAGCAUGAGAGAAAGAAAAGGAGAGAAGAAGAAUUGGCCGACGAGAGGGAGAAAGAAAGGACACGUCUGUUGAAGACAUCUCAUACAGUACCGAAGACAAAACAUAAUUCAGAAGUCAAACAUUACAGCAAGGCUCAUAAGGAUCACGAGCACCACCACAUCCAGGCUUCCAUCUCCACGGUGCUACACACAGUCAAAGACUUCUUCUUUGGUAAGAGCAAGAAGGACUCUCAUGAUCACAUGGAGAACAAGGAGAGAGAGUUUGACCACUCGCCUGCCUCGACGCCACCAUCAUCUCGGCUGCAAUCAGAGCAAAAUCAAGUGGGCAAACCUCCCACAGAAGACAUUGUGGCUAUGGAAAUAGAUAAACCGAAAGAGCCUUCAGAGACUGUGGAUAAAGAACAACGGUCCUCGAAGGCACAUAAACAUAAGGAAGACAGUGUUCGACACACUGAUCAGCCACCAGCUCAUAAAUUGCCACCUGAGAGCGUAGAGGAGUCCACAGGGCAGAGUGGCAAUGUGGCUGCUGCUGCUGUGGAGGCCAUGGAGGUGUCUGUGGGUCAAGAGAGUAGCAGUCCAGGUGAAGAGGUUCUCACUGAGGCUGAAGAGAAAGAUCCUCAGACAGUAUCAGUUAUCAAAGAGGUUCCCGUACACCAGCAAGAGCCAGAUUGCCUGCUAGUUUCACCACAGUCUAAUCACCAGGCUGCAAGAGAGAAGUCUUCACCCAGGGAAGAAAUAUCUGUUCUGCCAAAGACUCAAGACUCCCAUAAAGAGGAACGUUCCUCCACAUCCACCCUCACUAGUUUGGAACAAAGCUGGACUUCACCUCACAAUCUUAUCUCGGCAUCAAACAGCCGCAGCCUUGGAGAGACACCCGGUGAAACGUCACCAGAAAAAAAGAUGAGUGUUGACAAGAUGGGCAAAGGUGAACCUGAAGCAGAGGAGGACUACUCCUCCAAUAAGCUAUGUGAGGAAGAGAAAGCUGAAGUGAAUUCAUACAGACAGCUGUGCUCAGAAAUAAAGAGAUCUGAGAUAACUGAAUUAAGAACAUGUUCACUGGAAAAGAGAAUAGAGCCAUGUCAGUCUAAAACACCAGAUCAUGUUCUUUUGUCUCUGCCUGCAGUGGCAGCUUACGAUAUGGAGAGAGGUGAUGUAAAAGAACAAGCUGAAUGUACUUCACUUCAGGAAACGAAUGUCGGAUUUCCGCCCACUGCAGCGCGAGAGAGUUUAGAGAAGGGUGACCUAAAAAUGCUGCAAGAAUGCACUUCUUCUAUAGGAGAGGAAAGCACUGCAGUCCACAAUGUCAAUGCAAUACAGAGUUCAAACACAGGUUUUAGAAGCAGUGAAGAGGGAAGCAAAUUGAAAGAGGUAUUGAUUUCUGCUUUAGAUGUGGAAGUAAACUCUGGUGACAAUCUUAAAACCCAAGAGCAAGUCAUUUUAGAAGGUGAGAGUGCUGAAGUAAGAACUGAGAGUUUACAGCUUGAAGUGGAGACAGAAAAGAGAAAUCCAGUGAAAGAAGAGGAGUUGGAUGAAUCAAAGAGCCUCUCCAUAACACAAAACAAGAUGGGUAAUGUUUAUGUUUUGGAGGAACACAUUAAUGUUUCACAUCAAGAGAGCAGAGAGACACCACAGUGUCAGCCCUCAGCCAAUAUCCCACAGAUCCAAAUAUCUACUAUUGAUGAUACCCCAGAUAUUAAACCAACUGUGGCAGGUGUUAAACCAAAAGAGCAUUUUAUAAUCUCAAAAAUUGAAAUAAUGGAGCCAGAGCUCCAAGAGUGCACUCUGCCACUAACUAUUUUGGGACUAAACAAGCAAGAAUCACAGCCAGCUACUUUGCAAAAACAUGAUACAACUAGUGUGUCUCAGGUAAUAAUCCAAGGCCAGAGCUUGACUGAUUCUUCAAGCAUGUUGCCCACGCAGAAAAGUGUGCAGGAUGAUAACAACCUCUCACCCACAGAGAAUGGAAAGGAAGUUGUGCAAUUAGAUGACGAGACAAAAAGGUUUGAGCGAGAGCAGCCACGUGUGAGAAGUAGUGAACAGCUCCCUCAGAUGGACUAUGCAUCCAUUCCUGUUAUAAAUGUUUCGUUCACUGAUGACAAAGAGGAGGAUGUAUAUGUAAACACCCAUGUUUCAGAUACACAGCAGCCUUUAGAAACUCCACCAGCGCCUUUGUUUGUGGUGCCACCGAUUUCUGUCACUUGUCAUGAAAGUGAUUCUGGACUGCCCACACAAAGUGAGUGGACAGAAACCGAAACUUCAGCAAUACAUGAUGUUGACGAUAGUAAUACCACUGUGUCUGAAAAAACUCAAAGUAAAAAACAGAACCUAGAAGAAACAGCAGAAAAGAGUAUAAAAGAAAACACUCCCUCUGUACUAUAUGAAGCUCUAAUACCAAAGGUUGGUGAGAAUGUGAAAUCAUUCAGUAAAUCAAUAGAAGAUAACAUUGUUCCUGAAGUCUUGAAGACAAAACCCCUUAAAGAAGCCAAAAUAGAUCAUUUUGUGUCUGUUGAGGACCUUCAAAGAAACAGAUCAUCUGUUGAGAGACUCUGCUCUAAACCUCCGGCACAUCCAUCAUUGAGUCCAGCCAGUCUCCGUAAAUUCAUGACCAAAGCGGCUCCAGACUCUGAAGUAAUCACUGUGGGUGACCGUCAGAUUGACAAAGCAGAUGAAGAUCUAAGUGGAGGCUCAACACCAACAUCGUCCCUCUCCUGUGAGAGCAGUCCCCGUCUGAAGCGCAGAGACAGUCUCAUACGCUCUGCCACGCCUGAAGAGUUGGCCUCCGGAGCUCGUCGCAAAAUCUUCAUGCACAAAACUAAAGAGGAUGGAGAGGCAGCAGUAAUUGGUGUGCUGGAAACUCAAGGCAAGAAGGAGACCCCCUACAUGUCACCCAGCCAGGCUCGCAGAGCAGCAUUACUGCAAGCUCCCACGGGACAGAAUACCCCACCGAUGGAGAGGCGCUCGCCGCUACUGAGCCGCAGAAAGGCCACCUUGGAGGUGCCAAAAGCCGUGGAAGAGACUCCCACAGAAGAACCUGUCAGCACCAAACAAGAUGAGAAACCAGCUGAGAAGAAGCUGAACCCUUUGAAAGCUCCACAGGUCAUCCGUAAGAUAAGGGGAGAGCCGUUCCCAGAUGCCUCUGGACACCUGAAGCUGUGGUGCCAGUUCUUCAAUGUGCUCAGUGACUCCACCAUCAAGUGGUACAGAGAUGAGGAGGAAAUAGUAGAGGUGAAGAGAAGUGGAGGAGAUGAAAACCAAGUCGCACUGGCUGUUGUUCUGGCAUCCAGCCACGAUUGUGGAGUAUAUGGCUGUUCAAUCAAUAAUGAAUAUGGAUCUGACACCACUGACUUCCUGCUUAGCGUAGACAUUCUGUCUGAGAUACUACUAAAAGAGGAUUUGGAAGUUGGAGAAGAGAUUGAGAUGACCCCGCUUCUGUUCAACAGAGGCCUGUCCGACUGUGGCAGCUGGGCCGAAAAGUACUUUGGCCGCAUCAUGACAGAGACGGUGCACAUCGGAAAGGGCUGCACUCACAAAGCCAGCAGAGUGAAGGUCAUUUACGGCCUGGAUCCCAUUUUUGAGUCUGGAAGCGCAUGCAUCAUCAAAGUUCAAAGCCCCAUUGCCUACGGGAUCACACAGGGGAGCCAUCUCAUAGAGAGAAAUCUACAGAUAACUAAGCAAGAAUGCAAAGUCCAAAACAUGAUACGAGAAUAUUGUAAAAUCUUCGCGGCUGAAGCAAGAGUUAUUGAGAACUUUGGCUUUUCACUAGAAGUAAUUGCUCAGUAUCUAAUGUACCGGCCUGCGAACUCUGUGCCAUACGCUACGGUGGAGGCUUACUUCGAGGGUGUCUUCCUCAACUACUGUAUGAUGGAUCCUAAAGGGAGGCUGAUUACACAAACCGUUUCGGAGGUGGAGCAAAAAUGCAGCACCUUCCAGCACUGGAUCCAUCAGUGGACGCAUGGCAAUUUACUGGUCACUCGGCUGGAGGGAGUUGAAACGAAGAUAACAAAUGUCAGAGUAGUGACCAAGUCAAAAGGAUACCAAGGACUAACAGAGCGUGGCUCUCCUGAAGUGUUCGAACAGUUCUCGACCCACCAUCAGUGCAACCACUACUGUGGACUUCUUGGCCUGCGCUCACUUAAACCUAUGGAUAGUCUGCAGCAACCCACCAAGAUGAAGGGCUCCAGAAGCCCCCUCCUCAACCGCAAACUGGGCUCCAACAGCCCCAAGUUGCAGCGAAAAGGACAAAGUCCUCAGAUGUCUAGAAAGGCUAAUUAUAGCCCAAAGGUGACUAGAAAAAAUCCGGAGACAGAGGACAAUAAAACAGGCACCAACCCCAAGUCUGCAGAAACAGUUGAUGUCCUUGAAAUGAUGUAGGAAGAAGCACCUCUUCUGUGUGAACCAGGAUUGUACUGCUGGUAAUGGUCUAGUAUUACCUGUUUCUUUCCAGUUACCAAAACCAGCAAGGACUUGAAGAGUGAGAUUAAAAGAAAAGGAAAAGUUUGUUGACCUGA